AUGUCUUCCAACGAGUCUACGCCUCGCUUUGAGACCCUGCAGCUUCACGCUGGUCAGGAACCUGACCCCACCACCAAGUCCCGCGCGGUCCCUAUCUACGCCACUACUUCCUUCACCUUCAAUGACUCCGCUCAUGGCGCGCGGCUCUUUGGUCUCAAGGAGUUCGGCAACAUCUACAGCCGUAUCAUGAACCCUACGGUAGAUGUCUUCGAAAAGCGUAUUGCUGCCCUCGAAGGCGGUGUUGCCGCUGUUGCCGCUUCCUCCGGUCAGGCAGCCCAGUUCAUGACCAUCGCGGCCCUGGCCCAUGCCGGCGAUAACAUUGUCGCUACGAGCAAUCUGUAUGGAGGUACCUACAACCAAUUCAAGGUCUUCCUUGCUCGUCUGGGCGUCACGACCAAGUUCAUCCAGGGCGACAAGGCCGAGGACUUCGCUGCCGCCAUCGACGACCGCACCAAGGCUGUUUACGUCGAAACAAUUGGCAACCCCCGAUACAACGUUCCCGACUUCGAAGCCAUCGCUAAAGUCGCCCACGAAAAGGGCGUACCCCUGGUGGUUGACAACACCUUCGGUGCUGGUGGUUUCUUUGUUCGUCCUAUUGAGCACGGUGCUGAUAUCGUCGUCCAUAGCGCCACCAAAUGGAUCGGUGGACACGGCACGACCAUUGGUGGUGUUGUGGUUGACAGCGGCAAGUUCGACUGGGGCAAACAUGCAGACCGGUUCCCUCAGUUCAAUGAGCCAGCGGAAGGCUACCAUGGCCUCAAGUUCUACGAGACCUUCGGACCGAUUACGUUUGCCAUCCGCGUCCGGGUUGAGAUCCUCCGGGAUCUUGGUUCCACUCUGAACCCCUUCGCAGCUCAGCAGCUCUUGCUGGGUCUGGAGACUCUGAGCUUACGCGCCGAACGUCACGCCAGCAAUGCCCUUGCUCUGGCACGCUGGCUCGAGAAGAACGAGAACGUCAGCUGGGUUUCGUAUCCCGGAUUGGAGAGCCACCCCAGCCACGAGACCGCGAAGCGGUAUUUGAAACGGGGCUUCGGUGGUGUGUUGUCCUUCGGUGUCAAGGGCGGUGGUGCUGCUGGAAGCAAGAUCGUCGACGGUUUCAAGCUGAUCUCGAACCUUGCCAAUGUCGGUGACUCCAAGACUCUCGCGAUCCACCCCUGGUCCACUACGCACGAGCAGCUCUCUGAGCAGGAGCGUAUCGACUCCGGUGUCACCGAGGAUGCAAUCCGCAUCUCUGUCGGUACCGAGCACAUCGACGACAUCAUUGCCGAUUUCGAGCAGUCCUUCAAGGCUGCCAAGGCGCAGACGACCUUGCCUGACCGGACGUAG